UUUCCUGCGCCGCGCGCCGCCGCUGCGUCCCAUUUCAUGAAAAGAUUUCCAACACGGUUGUUGAAACGUCAGCGUUGAGGCCAACCGCAGCGCUGCUGUAGCUCGCCGCCCGUCGAGUCCGCUCUCGCUCGCUGUUUUACCCGUGUUCGUUUUCGUGAUGUUUUAUCGUCUUCUUCAUUACCACUAUUGGUCGUAGGUACUCUAUAAUAAUAAUAUAUUAUUAUUAUUAUUAUUAUUAUCAUCAUCAUCAUCAUCGGACUACCUUCUACUUCGAUCUUUAUUUUCUUUUUUCACCCCGUCACGUCGACGUUGUCGCAAACAGUGCGUCCUUGUGUUCUCUUGUGUCGUUUUUGUGUUCCGAUUUCCGAUGGCGCACGUCAACGUCAAUAUCACAUUUGGCGACGACGACGACAAUUAAUUUCGUCCACGACGCGGUGGUGCUGUUCAACUUCAACGCCGAUUGUCCGCUGUCCUUUCGCGACGACAACGCCCGGCUGCAGUCCGGCGAUCUUCCGCGAUAUUCCUCCCCAGAACUCAAGACGGAUACUAUAGGCACUAUACACUUGUUACACAUAGUUUUAUACCUAACUACCACCCCGCACAACAACUACAACAUGUUUAGCUAUAAACAUUCUUAAUAUCUGGUCUCCGCGGUGCUCGGUUGCAACUCGGACGGCCGCAAGUCCUCCAUUUCGUUGUUUUGAACAUUGUUCUUUAUUUCGUUUUUCAUUCGUCCCUUCAUUUUUAAAAAUUUUUUAUCGUAGGUACAUGUACGAAUAUAACGAAUAUCUACUCCUAGAUAAUUUUUGCUCGUUACAAAUUCAAAUAAAAUAUUAACAACACAAAUAUCAAUAAAUAAAAAUCAUAAAAAUGGGCAACCAUAACAGUUUCAAUUUAAAUCACAAGGAACAAUUGCACUCUGCCAGGAUUAAUUCACUCAACAAGGACCCAACGCUCGGCAUGUUACCAAUGGAGAAACUUGGAAAGUUAUUGAUUCAAAAGAGUUUAGAAGAAGAUUCAAUUAAUGGCAUAGGCUGUGGUGUAUUUAAGCGAUACUUGUUUCCACAAUAUCCUGAAAUGGCUCGUAAACUUUUUGCAUUUCUGGUAACUUCAUCUGGUGGUCCUGCUUCUUCCCAUGUAAUUAGUUAUACAAACUUUAAAGCCCAAACUGAACGUUUGCUGAGUGUUUUGGCUGAUGACCGCCAAGUAUUGAUGUACGUCAUGAUGUAUGCUGAUGGAAAAGAAGAAAUUGAUCAAGACCAAUUUCGAGAUCUACUCAUAGCUGUUUAUAAACUUGCUAUGGAUCAUUAUCCUGAAGGGCCUCAGUCAUGUCGUUAUAUAUUUAAGACUAUUCAAUCCGUUGUUGAUUCUGCAUUUCAUAAAAAAUUAACUCUAAAAGUGGGCUACUUGACCAAUUGGAUACUUCAACAUUGUCCACGGUUAAUUGUCCUACUUCAUCGGUAUAUUGUCCACAUCUUAUCCACUGGUUACAGAUCCGUUAUUGAAAAGUGCCCAUAUUCCAAACCUAAUGAUCUCGAAUUGACAACACCAGUUUUAGAACAAGAAAACCUGUUCAAAACCGAAAAAAACCCAUUAUUGCCAUUGUCUCAAGUGUGGAUAUUAUCUACAACAUUACCUGCAUUAUAUACUCAACCAAUUUUGCAUUCCAAACCAACACCAAAUUGUUUCAACACUCAAAACUUCUUAUCAAAAUUUUUGGACUUUUCUUGUCCAUCACAUUGGACACUAUUGUACAACAGCAAUCAACACGGUAUCGGAAGUAAUAGGUUUUUACACCAUGUGCUGAGUUAUCGAGGACCAACGUUAACGUUCUUGCGAGGUGAUGAAGGCGUCUUAUUUUGCAUGGGAGGUACUUCCGAAUGGCGGGAGUCACACCAAUACUGGGGUGGCGACGACACCAUACUUUUGCAAUUAUUACCCAAUUACAAAGUAAUCAACCGUGGUCCAAAAUCUAUGUAUUUAAACACAUCUAUACGUGGAUACCCAAAGGGUAUCCGAGCUGGUAACGACCCAAGAAAACCAUCAAUUGAAGUUGAUGACUCUUUUCAACAUGUUACACACUGUGGCAUACCAUACAAAUUAGAAUCCAUUGAAGUAUGGGGUUGUGGUUCACCAAAAAAUAGAGAAGUGCAAUUGGAUAUAAAGAAUUGGCAAAUCAAAGAGGCUGAGAAGACCCGAAAAUUAAAAAUGACAUCUAAAGAAUGGUUAGAUCACCCGGAUAGAUACUUACUUGAGUUGGCUGGUCGUCAGACAUAUUCAACAUCAUGAGUCAGUCUUAAUCAUAAUGUUCUUUACAGUCCUCGCAUAAUGUUAUUUUCGUAUGUGUACAUAAGAUAUUUUUUUAACUACAUUUCAACUCGUGUUUUAAUUUCCCAACGUACUUACAGUUACAAGAGUAUUAUUUUAUCAGUAUUAACCGGAUACCAGAUAAAGUUUACCAUGAAUAGAAAUUGACCAUAGUUUUCAGAUAGAAAUACUAAAGUAAAUAUUAUAAAUGUAUUGAAUUAUUGGAAAUUUUAAAAGAGAAAACUCCUGUAUUAUCUAUAAUAUAUAUAUAUUUUUUUAUCAUAUCAGUAUAUUCUGUCCGUCCUGAUGGAUUAAUGAAAAAAAUUGUCUUCUGUAUGUAUUGGCUCUAUUUGUAGUUGAAUUAAAUACAGAAAUCUUGAGUUCGGCCCAUCCCUAAUAACUAAAAUAGAU